AUGGCCCAUGUAGCUGCUCUACCGGUUUUGGUGGAGGUAAUAAAAUGGAGGUUUAUUGCCAUCAGUGUCGUCGUUGGGAAGGUGACAGCAUCUGGCAUUGUCUUCUGUGUGUCCAGGAGCGCUAAGGGAGUUGUAGAACAACAAAGAGACAAGGAUGGUCCGCUGGCUGACAAUCCCGAGCACGAUUCCGAGGAUGCUGCGGCGCACGGCGCCAGACCUCUGCGCCGGGCCGGGCGCCCGAGAGAAUCUCCCGGAAGUGAGACGGCGCCGGGGGCGGGCAGCAUGAAGCCCCUCCUGCCGUUGCUGGCGCUCCUGCUGCUGGCGGGCCACGCCCCUGCCGACAGGCGCCCGGGAAAAGCCGGCGGCGGUGGGAGCUCUGGCGCCCCCGGGCUCCGGCACGACACGUGCCUGGGCUACUAUGACGUGAGCGGGCAGUUCGACAAAGAGUUCAGCUGCAACAACACGGACCACCGCUUCUGCUGCGGCAGCUGCUUCCUGCGCUUCUGCUGCGCUGACCGCGCCAAGCGUCUAGAGCAGAAGGUGUGCACCAAUUACAACACCCCCGACUGGAUCAAGACACAACCGCCCUCGCCGGCGCCCACCGGUGAUACCUAUGACCCCGAGCUGGACCGCACCAACACCACCGUCUAUAUCAGCUGUGGCGUGGUGGCACUGGUCGUCGCUGUUGGAAUCACCGCCAAAGUGGCCUACGACAAGGCCACCAAAACCCCCCAAGAGAUGAACGUGCACAGAGCUCUGGCGGACAUCUUGAGGCAGCAGGGCCCCGUUCCCAUUUCGCAGUAUGAGCAUGACAACAUCGACGCCAUCUUAGAUGGCUCGCCUAAAGACGAGACGCCGCUUCGCACCUCCAAGAACAACUACACGCCCGUGCACACAAAGUCCUCCAAUCAUGGCCAUUACGGGAUGGAGGCCAUUCGCGGCGGAGGCGCCGACUUGCUCGUCUCGUCCGGCUUUGUGACGCUCGGACGAGGACACCUCAAAGCACAGCACUCCAUCGACGAGUCGGCGCAGCUGUCCUGGCAGAACGAGCUGGACCUCCCGCUCUCAUACGGUAACCACCAUCACCAUGACUACCAGCACAGCCACGUGGACCUGACCGCGCUUACGCCCAAGCUAGCAAACCGACACGCGCGUCACGAGCGAAAUCCACGGAGCAACAACAUCCUGACAGCGGCAACGGAGCCAUACGACUUGUCACUGUCCAGAUCCUUCCAGAACCUUAGCCACCUGCCGCCUUCCUAUGAGAUCGCGCUCUCGGCAGACUUGAGUGACAAGGAAGUGGACGACUUCUACGCUAGGAAGCAUCUCAAUUUCACCGGACGAGGCCACGCCCACAAGUUGAACGCCGACCCGCCGUCGUCGCAUCACCACCAUCAACAUCGUCAACGUCCUCGUCGCGUGCAGCGCGCCAUGUCGCAGGACCAUGUCCUUUCCCCGCCGCGGACGCCUCGUCGCGGGGACUACGGUAACGCCGCCGCCGCCACCUAUGGAGGUGGUCGCCACCCGUCGGAGGAACUACUGCUGUCAGCCGAGCGACUGCGCUCCCAGGAUCCUUUGCUGUCUCCUGCCGUGCGCCGCGACAAGUUCCGGCAGAAAGCCAUGGCCCGCGCCAUGUCCCACGCCGACAUGCUGAUGCCUACUACGCCGGUCCACGACCGGCACCGCGUGGGUAAAAUGCUCUCAGAGCCCGGCGACGUUUACGACGUGCGCCCCAGCGCCGCCAAGAGGCAGGCCUUCGCCUCGCGCCGGACGCACACAGUUGACCACCUGCACUUCGGGACGGGACUUCAUCACGGGACCAACGAGGUCACCGUUUGA